AGCCUUGCGCCUCCCCCUCGCCCGGCCUCAAUCCAAGUGAAAAUGGCGAUCAGGAGAAAUCCAUUCAUUUCCUCCCUCUCCCCCCUCCGCCUACUCUCCAAUUCCUGCCCCGAUCCUCAAACAUCUAGGGCUUUCGCUCGCCAUUUCCUCUCCUCGCCAAACCCUAGGGCUCAAAUCCCCUUUCUUCGCUCCAUCUUACGGAAUUCUAGGGUUUCGAGAGCCUUCGCCUCCUCGUCGGAAACGGGCGGCGGCGGCGGAGCAUCCGCGUGCUGGAACUGCGGGGCGGCGGCGGACUCGCCGGGGAUUUUUCUCGUAUGCGGAUCGUGUAGAAGUGUCCAGCCUGUGGAUCAUUCGGUGGAUUAUUUCAAGAUUUUUGGGCUGGAGAGGGUGUAUGACAUCAAGGAUGACAAUCUUGAAGGCAAGUAUAAAGAUUGGCAGAAGAAAUUACAUCCUGAUCUAGUUCAUACAAAAUCUGAGAAGGAAAAAUCUUUUGCUGGUGAACAGUCAUCUAGAGUGACUGAUGCAUAUCGCACACUCGGUAGGCCAUUGUCAAGGGCAUUGUACCUCCUGCAACUUGAAGGCGUGCAUAUUGAUGAAGAAAAAACACUCACAGACAUGGAUUUGCUUGCUGAGAUGAUGGACAUUAGAGAAGCAGUAGAAGAGGCCAGUGAUUCUCAGGCACUAAAGCAGAUUGAGUCUAAGAUUCGAAUGAAGCUUGAAGCCUCAUCUGAAUUCUUCCGCGAAGCAUUCAAGAAACGUGACUAUGAUGCUGCCAUUGCUUCCACUGAGCGAAUGAGAUACUACGAGCGCGCAAUUGAGGAAAUUGUAAAGAAGACCUAAAUCUCCUGACCAGAGUGUCAAUUAACUUAUUGGUUGCGAUAAUCAUGCCAUUUAAUGUCCUCAUGUCCCAGACCAUCCCAUGGUCUUAUCUGUGUGAUGCUGCAGUCAAUAAAAACUUGAAUCAAGCUCUUUUGUACAAAUAAGUCGUAUAUACGAGUUUUUGUUAGUCGUACUUAUUGUUGUAGAUCAAAUCUUAAGUAAAGAAUCCUACCAUGAUGAUUGCUGACAAGGAAAAGUUUUGAUGAGCUUCGAACG